CCAGGUCCUCGUCUUAACUUUAAUGAAGUAGAACAAGAUUGAUCAAUCAUUCGUACUUCUUGUUACUCCUGAAGUAAAACUAUAUCUGUAGUAGAAUGUUUUAUAUUCGAUUGAGUCACUCGUCACAUUCUCCUUCACAUUCUAUUUGGUAGUCGUAAAUACUGCUCCAAGUACAACUUCUACAAGUAUACCAAGUGAAGUAAAGCACCAAAAUGAGCAGGGAAGCUUGCGUUGUCUGCGUGGACGCUCUGUCCGCAUCAAAAGCAGCGCACGAAGAGCUGCGAGACUUCGCUGUUGACUAUCUCGUAUGAUGCCACGCAUUGAGAACAAAGAGAAGGGAAUGUCGCUCCUAUAAAUAAGAAAGCUAAAAAGAGGGAACGACAUUCCCCUAGUAUCGACGUUCUCAAUCAGUGGCGUCGUUCAUCUCUGGGAAACAAGCUGCUGGGCUGUCUGGGAACGAAGGAUAACAAGAUAAUGCUCGCCCAAGCGCCUGAGGUUGGUGUUAUUGAGGUGGGAAGUUCAGAAACAAACAACGACCUCGAGGACGCUGAAGGCAGCUACGCAAAUCUAGUGUAUGUUAUGCUGCUGGAGGUCUACUGCGUGGUUUUAGCGAAGUUGUUGGAGUCAUCGUCAACAUUCAUGCGUUUGUCCCAUGGACAAGUACAUCUCGUCAAUGUCGUCGUGGUCUGCUCUCCUGAAAAAUUUAUAGCUUAACAGAGUCACUCGAUUCUAUUUCUAACAAAGAGAGCCCUCUUGGUCCACCACCGGCUGGCAGGAAGCAGAUGCCUACGGAAGGCCCGCUGAAUUUCAUCACCCCGAAAAGCCUUAGGCGUGUUCAUCAGGUUGCAUGGCGCGAGGAAGCAGGAAAAGGAAAUGCCACGGACGAAAAUGCGGCUAGCAGCACGCAGAAAGUACAAGAGCUUGUCGGAGGUGAAAACAGAGAUAUCUUCACGGAUGCUCUACUGCUCGCGCAUCAUAUGGUAUUUUUUAGCAAGUGAAAGUCGUGAAUGAAAAUGUCAAAGACCAUUAUAUAUACAGAAGAAACUUCUCCUGCAGACGCAGAUCUUUGAUCAUUUGUAAUAGAAGUAAAGUUAAAGUAGAAGAUUCUCAAUCUCAUUUCGAGUUCAGCCAAUGGAACUAGAAGUAGGCCAUGUAGUUCUUAUGCUGUUUAUGAAGAUGAACUGCAGAAUCCUCUUCUCUACCCCUCAACUACAACAUCUGCCAGAUUGGCAAAGGCAAUAGCCUGAAAACGAAAGCACGAGCUAAGGAGCCAUACUACAACAAUGCAGAGAUCGUCUUUUUCUGCACCGAAGCGACGCUGGCUACCUGGCCUGGUCCUGCUGGAGUCGACGAAAUGUUUGGGCAGGAUAGCUUAUGGACGAACGGAAAAGAAAUCAGAUUGUUGUAGAAGAUUGUUGUAGGAACCUCGAGAUUUGUUCGAGUUCUUAGGUUGUAGUUGUACAGCAUAACCUUGCGGCGCAAAAAGCGCUUUGUUCAAGGGGCAAGAUCCUAGAAUUGAAGAUUUCCGAUUCCCUUUUCCUUUUCAUAUUACAACGCGUGGGCGAGCAUAUUAGACAAGCUCCACAGUCUCGGACUUCGAGUCAAAAUCUACUACGUAGCAGACCCCACCAUACCUGGCGCAGCAUCAACCGGAAUCAUACACGGAUCCAACAAGGAGCAACAACAAGAGAGCAUUGACCCUCUUGAUCUAGAUCUUGACUUCGACAACGACAAAAAUAUCGUGAACGAGCAGAACAACAAAAACUCGAAGAAGCUACGAGAGAACAAGAGUUACCUAGAAACGAAAUAUCCACAAACUUGGGGAAGCUUCGCUGUAGGCCUACCUGGAGAUGGAGAUGAUGGCCUAAACGUGGUAAACAACGACUACAGUAAGCUAGUAUCAUUCGAGGAAAUCAAUCGGGAGACGCAUGAGCGAUUGCGGACCGCAGAGAGGACCGUUCGCGAAGUCAAGAGCUCGAUUAAGUCGAAGACGGAAUUGGAUUACGGCUGUUGUAAGCACGAUACAUAUGUACUUAGACUUUUAACAUGGUACUUACAACUUGAAGUGUAUAACAUAGUCAUAGUCAAAAUUGGAAACUCUGCCUAAGCUGUAACCCUGUACGGUUAGUGGACUAGUUCAUAUUCGAAGAGAUACAACAUCAGUAGCGUAACAGUCGAGCAGAUCUUCUGUACGGUUUCCCCAUUUAUUAAGUCGAAGACGGAGUUGGAUUAAAGCUGUUGUGAGCAAGAGAUACAACAUCAGUUGGUCUCCCUAAGUAACCCUACUUCUAAUGCAAGAUCGGCAUCUCGUGUCAGAUUCGAAUUCCCGUCACCGUUAUUUCCAAGGUGACUUCCUUCAUCCCGCCAACACUGAAGCGGCGACGUCUCAGUACCGAAGGGAAUAAGCAAGAAGCCGAGGGCCCUACCAUAAUGCGAUGGGAAAAGGUGUUUCGCAAGGAAAAUGGAGAGUGCGUGAGUCCAGAAGAGUUGAUUGAUGGUUACAAGUAUGGACGGAACGAAGUUGUGCCUGUGGGAUUCGCAGAAAAGCACAUGUUCGAGCAUACAGCACCGAUGUGCCUGAAGCUUCUAGGCAGUCUCAAAAGAGACAACCUACGACCAGAGUGGUACUUUUUACCUUUUGGAAUUAAAAGAGAAAACCUACGACCAGAGUAGUACUUACAAUACGUUGUGGUUGUAUCAAAGUACUACCUUUAUUUUGAUCUUUAAGAGUCUUUGAUUUUUUAGACUUUGUUGAAUCUUGAUUCUGCUUCUGGUAAAGAAUGCGCUACACGAUGAUCUGAUUAUCCGGUGCUGGCAGAACCAUAUUAACUACUACAACUACAUGAGUGUUGCAGUAGAACAAUCUUCAGGGGAGAUAUUCAGUUCGUUGUCCUCUUCAAGGACCAUGCUCCUGUCGCUCCAAUCAUCUUUCCCACUCCAUACAACGUUAAUAUCAGGAAAUUAGGCGAAAGCGAUUUCGUCAUUCCUCGCGCUGACUCUUCUUCGAGUAAGUCAAAGGAGGCACCGGAGAGUGUGUUUUUUAGCGCUCUCGCAGCAAGCAUGAUGGCUGAGGAUUACUUAUGGAUUUGCUUCUAGAGACAACAUUUACAUACUUAUUCUGUCAUCUGUUUUACGCUGUGGCUUCUAGUCUGUUCAUCAUCUGAUAUUCAGAAUCACAGGGAGCAUUCACAUAAUUCUGGCGGUACAGUGGAAUCUGUACCUCCACCACUACUCGUCGUCUUGACCAACCGAAAAUACAUGAACCUUUACUGCACCACCGCUAAUAUCCGUUCUCUUUUGCCGAUACGUAUGGAGAGAAAAUUACAAACCCAAGGUGGUUGUCCUCGAAGCGGGGGUGAACCCCAUGCUGACGGAAAACUACAAAAACAAAAUCAAAACUGGUGAAGCUUCUGCUUCGACGUCCUUGCCGAUUGUCGCUAUUGGAGGCACAGCCAGCGCAUCGUCUAGCUCAGCUUCUUCUUUUACGGAAUCACUGAUGAUUAUACAGGCCUGAGUGUGGGAAACUAGUGCUUCUGGCUUUUUACCCGAAAGUAUUAUUGCAUCAUGGAUGCAGCUUGUGGUGCCUAUGCAAUUACGAAGCAGUGUUGCUGUUGACUAGUCUAAAAUACAGAAAACCUCUUGUGCAACUCCUUCAACCUUCCCCCAUCACUUCUUCUAAGAAAGCUACCAUCACCACCGCCACUGCACCGAAGGACGCAGAAGAUGAAAGUAAAGCGUGGUCCUUGGCACGUGAAGCGCGCUGUAAACGGCAUUUAGAGCAGUAUCCAGAGCUUCUCGAGGAAACAGAUCAGAAUCGGUAUGUUUUGUACAUGUCCGACCUCCCCUUCUGCGAAGACAUGCGGGAAUGGCCGUUCGCGAAGAUUCCUCCAGCUCCCACUCAGAAUAUGCGCUCCCUAGUCUCCGGUCUGAUGGAUGCUAGAAGAAUAGAAGGUCCACCGGAACAAAAUAAAUUCAAUAUGGACACUGUCCGGUCAGCUUGCUUUCUGGGUAUGAACAGUUGCAUUCUGAAGAGACUUGUUUCUGAAAAAGACGUAGAAGUGGAAAAAUUCGUGCAACCGCUGUGGACACAGCCGGAGCGACUGACUACAGGCAACGUGGAAGUAGACGUUGAGUUAUGAUUAGUCCAAUUACGUCAUCUUCAGGCAAGGUGGAAGUAGACGUUGAGUUAUGAUUAUUUAGUCCAAUUCAGUCCCCAUUGCCAUCUGCGUUCAUCUCAUAAAAUUAAAAGUAGCGAUCAUCAUAUAAGAUCCAAACAAGUACCUUUUUCGAAUAAGGAUAAAAAUCGAGGCCCUUCUUGGUCUAAAACAUCAUAUUUUGUGCAUGAUUUUCAAUCACCAGUACAAGCACUAGACGAUAGCCAUACACUGUCACUGUCUUAAACGAACCCAUCUCCCUCAUCUACAGAUACAUCUACUUCUAGUUCUAUCUCUAACAAACUCCGCAAAGAAGCAACGUGCCGAAGCGUUUAAGAGGGAGUUUGAUCUGACGAAGAAAGAGCAAAUGAAAAAACAGAAGUACUGGAAGCAAGUAUGAACGGACGAAUUACAAGAGGCUUCAAAGAAAAAACUGUUUCGUUCGAAAAAACUCCCACAGCAUUCCGAACGCUGUGGGAAUUUUUUCGAACGAAGCGGGUUUUUCUUUGAAGCCUUUUGUAAUUUGUCCGUUCAUAGAUGGAAGAUUGAGCGGAUAAAAAGCCUCACGCAGGAAAUAUACGUGAAGACGGUGGAGGGGAACAAAACUAGUGCGUGCAAGUGAAAAAUGAUAGGGACAACGCAUGGUCUAGCACUCAUCAUCAUCGGUCCCCACCUUCAAAUUCAAUGUAUCCUUGAUACGGCUGUGACCUUCAAUGUCCUUGUCUUCCUGUCAUCAUUUUUGCAUGUGACUUCAAAGACAUGAAACACAUCUUCAACCCCCUUCUCCUUCAGGUCUCAUGAUAUUAAGUGAUAUCAAAAAAUAGAGACACAAGCUCAACCACUGAAUUCCGCAUGACCAGCUUGUAGAAAUGCUAUUUGACAUGCAAG